CUUGGGACGCAACGCGCUUGCGCGCCAGGGGCAACCCGCUUGUGCGCAAGCGCGCCCGUCACUCCGCCGCUCAGGCGCAUGCGCCGCUGCUUUCCACAGACUGCUGCGCUUGCGCAGUUCGAAUCUUGAACCGCUUCUAUUGUGGACCGUUCGGGCGUCGUGUUUGUGCCGUAGGCCGGUGUUCCAUGACGGUGUCUCCCGAGGCCGCAAGAGGCUGGGGAUCGCUAGCGGGGUCGGAGAAGGGAGAAGGCGAGGGAAAUCUGUGAGGAUGGGUUCCGCCUUAUUCCCCGGUAUAUUGUAACGGCCUGGUCGGUUUGUAUAAGGAGGCCGCCUCUUGCCCCUCGUUGUUCCCCCCUCAGACAGAGAGCCAUGGAGCCCACCUUCCCUCCCAGUAUGAUUAUGUUCAGCCAUCUCCCUCCGGUCACCACCUUUGCCCGACUCGGCUCAGACUUACUCCCGCCGCCUCCGGGUCCUCCGCAGCUGCCGGGUCCCGGGGAGAUGAUCCUGAAAAAGGAACCGGGCUCCCCGCCUCAUCACACCGACUUCCUGCAGGGCCUAGCCGGCAUCAAGCAGGAGAAGAUCGGGGAGCACGAACAGUACCGCUUCUACGGGGACAGGCAAGCCGAGAUCGUGGAAGUGACGGUGGGAGGCCCGGGCUUGAUCCCAGAGCUGGGGCUCAACAGAGAGCUGUUAAUAAGGACAGAAAAAAAUGGCUUCGACCCAACAGAGAUUCCUUCCAACAAGAAGACGAAGCGGCUAAAUUCAGAAGCUCAGGAAGCAAAAUCCAAACGCAGGCGGAGUGACUCCUCCAAAUCUGUAGGUGGUGAUGGUGAAGCUGCUAGUUUAUCUCCAAAUCAGAAACCUCAUAUCUGUGAACACUGCAGUGCUGCUUUCAGGAGUUCCUAUCAUCUGCGGAGACAUGUCCUCAUCCAUACAGGUGAAAGACCUUUUCAGUGCAGUCAGUGCAAUAUGAGUUUUAUUCAGAAGUAUUUGCUACAACGGCAUGAAAAAAUUCACAGCGGAGAAAAGCCUUUCAAUUGUGAUCAAUGUAAUAUGAAGUUCAUACAGAAAUACCACAUGGAAAGGCACAAGAGGACUCACAGUGGGGAAAAGCCAUACAAAUGUGAUACCUGUCAGCAGUACUUCUCCAGAACGGAUAGGUUGCUGAAGCACAAGAGAACAUGUGGUGAAACCAUCAAUAAAGGAUCCUUGGAAGCUGGGUCAUCAAACCCUAGUCUGGAUAAUUUGUCGGGUAAUUUUGAGUUAUCUCAGGGAAAUUCUAAUUUUUCUGGGCGAAAGAAAGGCAAGUCCAGAAAUGGCUCAGCACACAAGGACCAGAAGCCAAGCAUCAAACUUAAUGAGACCCAUUUGACAGCUGGACUCAAUAUCCAAAAUUACGCAGUGGAUGUUCCUCUAGUGUCUUCCAGCAGCGGAUCAUCUGGCAUGGAUGACUUGAACGUCAAGGUGCCAAAACUAGUUUUUAAGAAGGUAAGCCGGAAGCAAGAGAAAGACGACCUCCAGUUGGAGGCUCAGUCAUCCAAUAUGGUUAUUCAGAAACUUUCAGACAAGAGUGAUAGCCCCUUGGACAUGGUGGGAAAUGCCGGUGUAGACACUAUGAACCUUCUGCACGGUUCAGGUAGCAAAGGUCAUACAAGUAGCAAUUAUGAUGAUGCAAUGCAGUUCCUGAAAAAGAGAAGGUAUUUGCAGGCUGCUGGUGGUAACAGUGCCUAUGCAGUGAAUGUAGGCCACAUGGUGUCUCAGCAGUCAGUAAUUCAGUCUGCAGUUUCCAGUGUUAUGGAUGGAGACAACCCAUUAACUCUUAUAGACUCACAGUCGCUGAAUGUUGAGAUAAAGAACUGUCAGGACAAGUCUGUUAUUCCCGAUGAGGUGCUUCAGAGUAUUUUGGAUCAUUACACACACAAGUCGGUGGGCCACCCCGAUGUUCCUUUUAGCAUUUCUGAACACCAUGUAGAUCUGCAUACGACAGGCGACAGCAGUGAUUUGGUACAGGAGGAAAAUGUCUGUUCAGAUUCUCAGUCGUCACACAACGACAAGGCCAGCAUGUUUCAAGAGUACUCAAAAUACCUUCAGCAAGCUUUGGAAAGAACAAGCCAUACAACUACUUUUCCACUUGGUCCCAGUUUACAGUUUGUCAGCCUCUCUUCAUCUCUCACAAACCAUAAUUUGUUUUCUGACAAGCAAAUAUACACUACAUCUCCUCUUGAUUGUGGAUUCAAUCAGUCAGUAACAUCAGUAUUGCCAACUACCUUACCAAAGUCCCAUUUUGGAAUGGUUGUGGGCCCCCAAACAGGGUUCUCCUUAUCCUUGGAGACGCAUCAACAGCUGACUCCUUCCCAGGAGCUGGCAGACCAAAUUGACCCACAGAAAACCUUAGACACAUCUGCCACCUAUCAGAUUUCAUCUCAGGAAUUGAAUGGGCAGAAAGAUCAGCAGAAGAACCUAGAGUCUACUUCAGGCUAUCACCUUCAACCUCAGGAGUUGGCAAGUACGCUAGAGCCACAGAAGGAUGUCAGACAGCAUGCUACCUGCCAGAUAGAGAACUUUGCACAAGCAUUUGGUUCUCAGUUCAAAUCUGGUAACAGGGUGCCAAUUUCAUUUAACACUACCACUGAUGGGGGAGUGGAUCACAGGUUGAGGACUUCAACUCCAGAAUUCUCAGGGUACACAAAUUUGCUAUCUGAUGUUAAUGACACAGGUAGUGCAAGAGUCAAGACUCCAAGUAGUCAGAGUUUCAGGUGAGGCUGAGCGUAUUACUUGGCUCCAGAGGUCUUUUAAAAACAUGGUGUAUUUUUUAUUUUGAUAACACUGCCAUUAGAAUGUUUCUACACAAUCGUAAUAAGAAUUAUGUAACCUAUGCCCUGUCAAUGCAAAUUUUUUGUUUAUAUAUAAAGUGUUGUGAUAGUUCAGCCUGUAUCUAAUUUUUAAUCAAAAUUAGUUAGUAAAGGGAGGGGAGGGUCAGGGGUAGCCGAAACAUUUAAUUUGGGAGAUAAAUGUUUUGCAAUCAGCCUCUAAUUGAGAAUAUUGAGGACGGGUGGGUGGGUGGGGGGGGGGGAUAGGAUAUAAAUGCCCAUGGUCUUAAAAACUUGGGUUUCAAAUUUGUGGGCUCAGGUACAGAAUUUGAAGCUGAGGUCGCAGAAUUAUAAAAAAUGUGAAGUUAAUUUAAGGUGUAAUUGGUUAUUUUUCCACACAAUCACAUUGACAUCAUAUGUUCAAAGUAGGUCACGUCUGCAAGUCUAUUCCAUUAGUUCUAUGUUUGUUUCUCGGCAAUAGCUUUAAAUUAACGAAAUUAAUUUACUCUCGGAUUUGAAUUUUUUUGUCAAAUUAUGUAUGUACAGUUAUUUCCUUUGAUAUACCUCAUUUUUACUGUUCAUGCAGCAUUCAGGAACAUAUGUAUUUCGCAAUAUCGUUUAAAUAUAAUAAAAAGAAACCAUUGUGUUACAAUUGUUUUAUAGAAGUGUCUAGAAUUUUAUAGCAAAGUGCAAAAUAAGAGAUAUUGACUAUAUCCGUAGAAGACAAUACUAUUUUUUCUGAAAUAGACUUAUAUUCAUUUGGCUUAACCACCCAGUGGAUAAUGAACUAAAACCUGUGAACACCAUUCCUUGCAUCUUGCUCCUCUCAUCACAACAAAAGGACAGCAUUUUCCAUGUAAUUUAGGAAAGGGAUGUUGAAGGUUAGUCCCAAAAUACUGUUGGCCUGGGAAAAACAACUUUCCUGUAGUAGAGUCUUCCAUAUAAUAUGGAGUUUAAAGCCCAAUUAAAUAGAAUUACAAUGUAAAGUUUAUUACUUAAUGGCACAAAGGUUACCCUUUGUCCCUAUGUUUAUAGUACAGUGUUACUCGACACAAACUCCUUACGGUUUAAGGACCAAAAUGCUAAAUUGCAUGAAGGUAAAUGUUAAAUUCUAGCACAGUAUUUCCACUUUGCCGUUUUAUCUUUAGCUUAGAAUCCUUGCGAUCAGAUGUAUUAUGAACAUAUAUCUGCAAACGGUUGCAAAAUGUAUUGGAAUCCAUUUCCUGUAAAGCUAUUUUCAAAUAUGACAUGGGGCCGAACUAACGUAUUCCUAUACGUCAGAGCUUUUCAAAUACAUUUUGUUUAAAGCCCCAUUUUUGAGGUCCCUUCCCCCUUGGCUCUUUACCCUUUCUGUUAUUAAGCCAUAGUUUAAAAGCUCUAUAUCCCAGAUAUCCCCUCAAGUAAAGAUUGUGCUUCAAGGAGUAUAUAGAAUAAAUGCAUUGUCUUCAAAUAUCUCUCUAAUGGGCCUUCAGGCUGGGCUCCCCCUACCCACUGCUCAGGGCCCCUCGGGUUGGGAG